UAAGAAAGCAAACGGAUCGAUCAGUUUAAGGAUGGUAGACUUUUGGUGCCAAAAGUGGAAGCUGCCACUAUUGUUGUGUCUCACAGGACUGCUGCAGUGGGAUCUGUGCAGUGGUCAGAUUCAGGUCCAGAUCCAGAAAGGUCCUCUGUAUAGAAUGAAGGGAUACCCCAUCUCCAUAUCCUGUAAUGUUACAGGGUUUACAGGGCCAUCUAAACAGGAUUUUGAGUUCAUUCUCAAGAAACAAAAUAUGGAGUUAAAUAUGAUCAGUACCAGUGACCCAAACUUUGCCUACGGAAUGUUCUCCGAUAGAAUAAGAAAAAAAGAGAUUUAUAUUGAAAGGCUGUCAGGAUCUUCAGUUAUCUUGUGGAUCAAAGAUUUGCAGGAGAAUGAUGCAGGUGAUCUGCUCUGUGCAACUCUACACACAGGUGGUGAAUAUUUCGGAGAUUAUGGUGCUGAGUCAAAGCUUAAUGUGAUAGCAGACACCCUGGAGGCAUCGUACUCGGGCUCUCCCUCACAGAGCUUGUCUGAAGGGGAUCCUCUUCAGCUUGAGUGCCAGGUCUCCAGCCAGACUUGUCAACACUCUCAUCUGUCGGUCACCUGGUUUCUUCAUGGUGAAGAUGAUGAAAACCCCUGGCCAAUCAUUACUCUGGACAAAGAUCUGACUGUAAAGCCAGGAGCUGGAUUUGAGGAUCGCUAUCGUGCUGGUCUUAUCAGCAUGGAUAAGGUGGAGGACACAACCUACAGACUGAAGAUGCCUCAAGUGCAGCAGUCCGACCAGGGGAAGUUCUUCUGCAAAGCCAUUGAGUGGAUCCAAGACCCAGACCGUUCCUGGACACAGAUUGCCCACAAAACCACCAAAGCAUGUGAUGUAGAGAUUAAACGAAUCGAGAGUAAUCUGGCGGUGGUCAUGCUGAUGAAUGAUGCGGUGACUGAGGGAGAUGCACUACAUGUCUCCUGCUCAGUGUCAGGAUUCAAGGGUCCUUUAUCAGUGUCAUGGCAACACAAGAAAGCCCUGGGGGCUUUCUUCAGUGAUGUCGUUAGUCUGACCCAUGAGGGAGUGAUGAAAGAUGUUGGGGCAAGGUAUCAGAGCAGAAACGUCCAGACAUUUCAUUCUCCAGCUGGAAGCUUUACUCUACAGCUUGGUGCUUCUUCAAUAUCUGACAACGGAGAAUAUAAGUGCAUUGUGUCUGAAUGGACAGUACAGAGCAAUGGAGAGAUGAAAGCCAUCACCCAAUCUCAGCAAAAAGCCAUUACAGUUAAAUCUGUUGAAUCUCUAAUGGCGGUGAGCUUGACAAGUCGUACAACAAAUCUAUCUAUAGAUUCUUCAGUACAACUGCUAUGUCGAGUCAGAGGGCCUAAAGUGUCUUUGGCUCUACGCUGGAUGUUUCAGCCCCACAAUUCAGCUGCUCAAAUAAAUAUUUUAUCCAUAAGUCACACUGGAGAAAUGGAAUGGAGAGCAGAUCAGAGAAACUAUCAGCUGAACAUUCAAGCACAGCCGGGAGACACUUGUUUCACUCUCAUGGUGCCGAGAGCCAGCAAACAACAAGAAGGACAGUACCAGUGUCAAGUUGAUGCCUAUCAAAAGGAUGUACAGAAAGCCUUUAAGAACUCCAACCUGUUAGCUGUGAUUGUACACAAACCUGACAGCAAGAUGAGCCUGCUCUCACCCACUUCUCGUCUGGAAACCACUGUCGACACUGAUGCUAAGCUUGAAUGCUCAGUCAUGAAAACAACCACAAUUACGUCUCGUUUCACAGUAACAUGGAUGUUUGGGUCCCAGGUGCUCUUAACUAUGGACUUAGAUGCUGUUGUCAAGUUUGGCCCUGCAGCCGGCCUAGAGAUGGACCAGAGGAUCCGUUUGGAAAUAAGACAGAAACAGAACUUCCAGCUGACUAUCCAGCAGGUCAGAACAUCUGACAGUGGACAAUAUCACUGUGAGGUGGAAGAGUGGCUCCAGGAUCCUCUUGGUGACUGGUAUUCCCUCAAGAAAAUGUCUGUUUCCACAGAGCUGGUUGUCAAAGAGAAAGCCAGUUAUUUCAAAAUGAAUAAAGCUGAUACUCAGUUGAAGGUUGAAGAGGGAAAGCAGGUAAAGUUGAAAUGCUCAGUGGAGGGCAUUGGGUCUGAUCCCACUCUUCGUUACUCCCUUACCUGGAUGUUUAACCAAUACCAGUCCACCAGUUCUGCACUUCUGACAUAUAGCCAUGAUGGCCUUCUGAAGUACAAAAGCUUUGACUCAGAGCUUGUGGGGCGACUUCACUUCUCCACCCCAGAAGUGGGUGUCUUUCACUUGACUAUCCAUAGAUCCAUCCAGGAAGACAGGGGGCGUUACUACUGUGAAGUUCAACAGUACCAGCUGGACUGUAAAGGUCAAUGGUCACGCAAGGCAAGGGACAAGUCAGGUUUUACCAAUGUUACUGUUCAGCUUAUAGAGAACAAACUGCAGGUUAACAAGGAGGAAAGCCUGACCAUUACCAAUCUACAAGCAGGGUUCACCAUUGACUGUGUCAUUAAGUCACGGUCCAGUGAUAAAUCUUUGUUUGAGGUGACUUGGUCCAGGGGUCUGAUAAAUGAACGACCUGUCAUCAUCUUCAAUGCCAGCCGUGAUGGUACCUUACACAGUGCAAUCGAUGAUAAAGAGCUGGUGUUUGGACGCCCAAGUGCCAUGCGCUUUAAGCUGACAGUGCCAAACGUCAACCCCACUGAUACUGGCCUUUACCACUGUCAGGUUGUUGAAUGGAUUCAGACAGCUGCAAAUAAGUGGAGAAGUAUAGGUCAAGACAUAUCUGGGAAGAUAUCUGUCCAUGUUGACACUGAGGAUCAACAAAAAAAUUUCAGCUUUACCAUGGACAAGAAAGACAAUAAUCUUGACAUCAAAGAAGGAGAGCAGUUUGAUCUUGAAUGCUCCCUGAAUAUAGAAAAAGAUGACCCUACUCAUCACUACAGUCUCAGAUGGGUGUUUAAUAGACCAGGGUCAACUAGUGGGAUAGCAUUACUGUCCUACUCUCAUGAUGGUCGUCUACAGUACCAUACAGAGAAUCAGGACAGGUUACGCUUCUCCAGACCUAAUUCUGAUACUUUCUGUCUGGCAGUAUUAAACUCUGAUAUAGGUGAUAGUGGAGGCUACCAGUGCAGAGUUGAGCAGUACCAGCAUGAUUGCAAUGGCCAGUGGAAACCAAUGGCACUUGCCCAGUCAGGCACUACUACAGUCACAGUUCGCAGUAUCGAAAGAAAACUGCGUGUUCAGAAGGACAAUCAAAUGCUCAACAUUACAAAUCAUCAGACUUCAUUCACCAUUGACUGUGUCAUUGACUCACAAUCCAGUGAUACAUCUGUCUUUGAGGUCACCUGGUUCAAGGUUCAGGAAGAAGGACCACUCACCAUGUUCUCUGCCAGGCAUGAUGGUACCUUACACAGUGCAAUUCCUGAUAAAAACCUUUUGUUUGGACGACCACUUGCCACACACUAUAAACUGACUGUGCUACAGAUCAGCCCCACUGAUAUUGGGCAAUACUACUGUCAGGUUGAGGAGUGGCUUCUAACUGCUAACACCUGGAAGAAAUUGGCUUCAGAUAAAUCUGGAGAGCUCUCCAUCUACGUUCACACUGAAGAAAGUAAACUGAGUGUUCAGAAGAACAAUCGGAUGAUCAACAUUACAAACGAUCAGACUUCAUUCACCAUUGACUGUGUCAUUGACUCACAAUCCAGUGAUACGUCUGGCUUUGAGGUCACCUGGUUCAAGGUGCAGGAAGAAGGACCACUCACCAUGUUCUCUGCCAGGCAUGACGGUACCUUACACAGUGCAAUUCCUGAUAAAAAUCUUCUGUUUGGACGACCACUUGCCAAACACUAUAAACUGACUGUGCUACAGAUCAGCCCCACUGAUAUUGGGCAAUACUACUGUCAGGUUGAGGAGUGGCUUCUAACUGCUAAUACCUGGAAGAAAUUGGCUUCAGAUAAAUCUGGAGAGCUCUCCAUCUAUGUUCACACUGAAGAAAGUAAACUGCAUGUUCAGAAGAACAAUCGGAUGAUCAACAUUACAAACGAUCAGACUUCAUUCACCAUUGACUGUGUCAUUGACUCACAAUCCAGUGAUACGUCUGGCUUUGAGGUCACCUGGUUCAAGGUGCAGGAAGAAGGACCACUCACCAUGUUCUCUGCCAGGCAUGACGGUACCUUACACAGUGCAAUUCCUGAUAAAAAUCUUCUGUUUGGACGACCACUUGCCAAACACUAUAAACUGACUGUGCUACAGAUCAGCCCCACUGAUAUUGGGCAAUACUACUGUCAGGUUGAGGAGUGGCUUCUAACUGCUAAUACCUGGAAGAAAUUGGCUUCAGAUAAAUCUGGAGAGCUCUCCAUCUAUGUUCACACUGAAGGUAACUAUCCAGAAUGCAGCAUGUUUUUAAAGAAUCCCUGCUGUAAGUGAUUUGAUAAUUACCACUGGGCUUUAGUCACUAAAUUAUUCUGUCUAAUCAGACCACCCAGUCAGAUUUAAGGGUUAGGUUUAAGACUAAUGUCAGGGCUAGGGUCUUGUACACCUGGGGAUUCCAUGUUUAACCUCUAAGUGCAGUCUAACCAUUGAUUUUCAAAACCCUGUCAUAUUGCUUGUGACAAUCAACAUAGGAUCUUCCUUUAGAGGUGUCUGUAUGUUUUGUUCUUGUUGAUUGAUCUUUGAAUUUGUGUUUAAUUUAAAACGUGAAAUUGGCUUCAGAUAAAUCUGGAGAGCUCUCCAUCUAUGUUCACACUGAAGGUAACUAUCCAGA